GGAGUUCUGAGAGCCCCCUCCCUGCCCCGGCCCCACAGGGCGGCGGGGCCGGGGGGGACCCGGGGGGCCGGCUGCAGCCUCUGUCCAGAGGAAACUUUAUAAAAACACCAUCCGGAGUGUGCCAGAGGUGACUCUCGCAAACGUGACUGUCCCGGGACAAGUGGCCCUGGCAGGACAGAAGCCACAGCCUGAAAAGACCCAGGAAGAGGAAAAGAAGAGGUGAGCGGGGCCGCCUCCUCCUCCUCUCUGCUGGCAGCGCGGAAGAGACCCGGGCGGCCGCCUGCUCGAUCAACUCGAGCCGCUUCUUCCUCUGUUCCGCGCCGGAGCCUUGCGCAGCUGCUGUCUCAGUCCAGAGGAGGAAGGGAACCAGCCCACUUUGUCGGCGCCUGGCUUUGCCCGAACGCGGAGUCUCAGCAGUCAGCCAGAUUCUUAAAAAGCUAUCUAAAUAGUUGGAUUACUUCCUUAGGAUAGAUUGCCAGAAGUGGAAUUACUGGGUCAGAGGAAUGUGAAAACCAUCGCGUCUUCUGAUAGUCUGGCCAGGGUUCAGGAAGUGGCAAGCUGGCUUUUGGAAAUGAAUCAGGAACUGCUGUCUGUGGGCAGCAAAAGGCGACGGACAGGAGGCUCUCUGCGAGGGAACCCUUCUUCCAGCCAGGCGGAUGCGGAGCAGAUGAACCGGGUGGUGGAGGAGGCGCAGCAGCAGCCACCACCGCCGCAGCUGAGGCAGCCAGAGGAGGAGCGCACUGCGAGAAACGGUGAAGUUGUGGGAGCAGAUCCUCGAUCUGGAGACCAGAAUGAGUCCCAGCAAGGACAAGUGGAAGAAAACAAUAAUCAGUUUAUCUCAGUAGAUGAGGACUCCUCAGGAAACCAAGACGAGCAGGAGGAAGAUGAAGAACGUGCUGGUGAGCAGGAUGAGGAGGAGGAAGAGGAGGAGGAAAUGGACCAGGAAAGUGAUGAUUUUGAUCAAUCUGAUGACAGUAGCAGAGAGGACGAACAUAUACAUAGUAACAGUGUCACAAACUCCAGUAGCACUGUGGACCUGCCCAUUCACCAGCUCUCCUCCCCAUUCUACACAAAGACGACAAAAAUGAAAAGAAAGUUGGACCAUGGUUCUGAGGUCCGCUCCUUUUCUUUGGGAAAGAAACCGUGCAAGGUCUCAGAAUAUACAAGUACCACUGGGCUUGUACCAUGUUCAGCAACACCAACAACUUUCGGGGACCUAAGAGCAGCCAAUGGCCAAGGGCAGCAACGACGCCGGAUUACAUCUGUCCAGCCACCUACAGGCCUCCAGGAAUGGCUGAAAAUGUUUCAGAGCUGGAGUGGACCAGAAAAAUUGCUUGCUUUAGAUGAACUCAUUGAUAGUUGUGAACCAACACAAGUAAAACAUAUGAUGCAAGUGAUAGAACCUCAGUUUCAAAGAGACUUCAUUUCCCUGCUCCCUAAAGAGCUGGCACUUUACGUGCUUUCAUUUCUGGAACCCAAAGAUCUGCUACAAGCAGCUCAGACAUGUCGAUACUGGAGAAUUUUGGCUGAAGACAACCUUCUCUGGAGAGAGAAAUGUAAAGAAGAGGGGAUUGAUGAACCAUUGCACAUCAAGAGAAGAAAAGUAAUAAAGCCAGGUUUCAUACACAGUCCAUGGAAAAGUGCAUACAUCAGGCAGCACAGAAUCGAUACAAACUGGAGGCGAGGAGAACUCAAAUCUCCGAAGGUGCUGAAAGGGCAUGAUGAUCACGUGAUCACAUGCUUGCAGUUCUGUGGGAACCGGAUAGUCAGUGGUUCUGAUGACAACACUUUAAAAGUCUGGUCAGCAGUCACAGGCAAAUGUCUGAGAACAUUAGUGGGACAUACAGGAGGAGUCUGGUCAUCACAGAUGAGAGACAAUAUCAUCAUCAGUGGAUCCACAGAUCGGACUCUCAAAGUGUGGAAUGCAGAGACUGGGGAGUGUAUACACACCCUCUACGGGCAUACGUCCACUGUGCGCUGUAUGCAUCUGCAUGAAAAAAGAGUUGUCAGUGGUUCUCGAGAUGCCACGCUUAGGGUUUGGGAUAUCGAGACUGGCCAGUGUUUACAUGUCUUGAUGGGUCAUGUGGCAGCAGUCCGCUGCGUUCAGUACGAUGGCAGGAGGGUCGUUAGCGGAGCAUAUGAUUUCAUGGUGAAGGUGUGGGAUCCUGAGACUGAGACCUGUCUGCACACGCUGCAGGGCCACACCAAUCGGGUCUAUUCCUUACAGUUUGAUGGCAUCCAUGUGGUGAGUGGCUCUCUUGAUACAUCAAUCCGAGUUUGGGACGUGGAGACAGGGAAUUGCAUACACACAUUAACAGGGCACCAGUCGUUAACAAGUGGAAUGGAACUCAAAGACAAUAUUCUUGUCUCUGGGAAUGCAGAUUCUACAGUUAAAAUCUGGGAUAUCAAAACAGGACAGUGUUUACAGACAUUGCAAGGUCCCAACAAGCAUCAGAGUGCUGUGACCUGUUUACAGUUCAACAAGAACUUUGUAAUUACCAGCUCAGAUGAUGGAACUGUAAAACUAUGGGACUUGAAAACGGGUGAAUUUAUUCGAAACCUAGUCACAUUGGAAAGUGGGGGGAGUGGGGGAGUGGUGUGGCGGAUCAGAGCCUCCAACACGAAGCUGGUGUGUGCAGUUGGGAGUCGGAAUGGGACCGAGGAGACCAAGCUGCUGGUGCUGGACUUCGAUGUGGACAUGAAGUGAGGAACAAGAAAGGUGGAUUCUGUCCAGAUGUGUAGAGAUGCACUCCCUGUCCUUCCCCCGUGGAAAAAACAAAAAAAGGAAAAAAAAAAAAAAAAAGAGAAAAGAAAAUGAAAAUGAAAAAAAAAAAAAUCCCUUGUACUCAGUGGUGCAGGAUGUUGGCUUGGGGCAACAGAAUGAAAAGACCUACAGACUUAAGAAGGAAAGAGGAAGAGAUGACAAACGUAACUGACAAGAGAGGGUCCGCUGUCUCUUCACCUGAAAGGCUUUACUUUUGACUGAGGGCAGCUUUGCAAAGUGAGACUUUCUAAAUCAAACCAGGUGCAAUUAUUUCUUUAUUUUCUUCAGUGGUCGUUGGGCAGUGUUAAUGCUGAAACAUCCUUGCAGAUUCUGCUAGCCUGUUCUUUUUACCACUGUCACCUAGAAAGGAGCUGCAUUAAUAUCAAAACAAAUACUGGUUGACUUUCUAAUUAGAGAGCAUCUGCAACAAGUCUGAAGUGGAGAAGCUAAAAAAAAAAAAGGAAAAAUUACUGUGAAUUGUUUUUGUACAGUUAUCAUGAAAAGCUUUUUUUUUUUUUUGCCAACCAUUGCCAAUGUCAAUCAAUCACAGUAUUAGCCUCUGUUAAUCUAUUUCCUGUUGCUUCCAUAUACACUCUUCAGUGCAUAUGUUGCUCAAAGGUGGCAAGUUGACCUGGGUUCUGUGAGUCCUGAGAUGGAUUUAACUCUUGAUGCUGGUGCUAGAAGUAGGUCUUCAAAUAUGGGAUUGUUGGCCCACCCCUGUACUGUACUCCCAGUGGCCAAACUUAUUUAUGCUGCUAAAUGAAAGAAAGAAAAAAGCAAAUUAUUUUUUUUUAUUUUUUUUUCUGCUGUGACGUUUUAGUCCCAGACUGAAUUCCAAAUUUGCUCUAGUUUGGUUACAGAAAAAAGACUUUUUGCCACUGAAACUUGAGCCAUCUGUGCCUCUAAGAGGCUGAGCAUGGAAAAGUUUCAGAUAAUAAAGAGUGAAGUUUGCCUGCAAGUAAAGAAUUGAGAGUGUGUGCAAAGCUUAUUUUCUUUUAUCUGGGCAAAAAAAAAAAAAAAUUAAAACACAUUCCUUGGAACAGAGCUGUUACCGCCUGUUCUGUGGAGAAACUUUUCUUUUUGAGGGCUGUGGUGAAUGGAUGAACGUACAUAGUAAAACUGACAAAAUAUUUUAAAACUAUAGAAGACACAGAUGAAAGUUGCUGGUCAGUCUUAGCAUUUUGCAGUAUUUGGGAAAACAACUGUUACAGUUUCCUCGCUCUGAGUAACUGAGAGACGGAGCGAGCCCGCCUCCGCCUCCGCAGCCCGCGGCCAGGCAGUUGGACGGUUCGCCUCAUUCUCCAGGAGCCACAACUCCAGCUGAACUGUGAAAGUGGUUUAACACUGUAGCCUCGGUGGUCUUUCUUCCUCCUCCCGUUUAUUUUUUUGUUGUUGUUGUUUUAUUUAUAGUCUGAUUUAAAACAAUCAGAUUCCAGUUGGUUAAUUUUAGUUAUGUAACAGCCUGACAUGAUGGAGGAAAACAACCUUUAAAGGGAUUGUGUCUAUGGUUUGAUUCACUUAGAAAUUUUAUUUUCUUAUAACUUAAGUGCAAUAAAAUGUGUUUUUUCAUGUUA